GAAUCCAGCCGAACGGCUUUGCGGGAUUCGUGUCAGUUUCUUCCGUAUUGUUAGACUCAUGAUUCCGGGUAUGACAGUCAGCUGACCGCACUUGUACAGUGUCAAGUCCACUCGUGCAUAGUGUAUUUACUGCAAAACAAAGAUUAAAAACCUCACAAUGGCCACAAUUCCAUCGAAAAUCAAGGUGCAGCUCAAUGGAAAAGAAAGGUUGCAGAAACUGAAAGAGGCUUUUCAUGAAAAAUAUGGACAAAUGCCUGUCUUCUACGCUUGUGCUCCAGGGAGGGUGAAUUUGAUUGGUGAGCAUAUUGAUUAUUGUGGCUAUGCUGUCCUGCCAAUGGCAAUAGAGCAGAAUAUUCUUGCUGCAGUUUCUGUCAGCGACUCCAAAACAAUCCAGCUGGCCAACACUGACCCCAAAUACAAGAAUUUCACUGUGUCUGUUGAUGGCAUCUCCAUUGACAGAGAGAAUCCUCAAUGGCACUAUUACUUCCUUUGUGGAGUGAGAGGAAUCCAGGAGCACCUGAGCUUGUCUUCAUUGGCAGGGAUGUGCUGUGUGGUAGACGGGACUAUCCCGGCCAGCUCAGGUCUUUCCAGCUCCAGUGCCCUGGUGUGCUGUGCCGGUCUGGUCACGAUGGAGGCCAAUCAGAAGUCUCUGUCUAAGGUGACUCUUGCGGAGACGUGUGCCAAAUGUGAGCGUUAUAUUGGCACUGAGGGGGGAGGGAUGGAUCAGUCCAUUUCUUUCCUGGCGGAGGAGGGAACAGCAAAGCUGAUCGAGUUUAAUCCGCUGCGAGCCACAGACGUGAGGCUGCCUGAUGGAACAUUAUCUGGUAACACACCAGGAGCUCAUGCACAAAUUUCCCAAAAGUUGUUCUCAUAUCCAUGUAAGUUUCAAUUUCAGAUAUUUUGGAAUAGUAUAUUCAUGGUUAAAUAUCGUAAUCAGAUGCUGGCUAAGGCGCGCGGCCUGGACUGGAGUCGUCUGCUGAAGCUGGGAGAUGUGCAGAAGGAGCUGCAGGUGAGUCUGGAGCAGAUGCUGGAGCUGGUGGAGGAGGCGCUGCACCCUGAGCCCUACAGCAGAGACGAGAUCUGCAAGACUCUGGGCAUCAGCGCCGAACAGCUGUGUGGAAACAUCCUCAGCGCCAACACACAGCAUGCGACUGAUUUUAAAUUGUACCAGCGUGCCAGGCACGUGUACGGCGAGGCUGCACGCGUCCUGCAGUUUAAGGCCGCGUGCGACUCUUCCCCUGCCAACGCCGUCGCUCAGCUAGGCGACCUGAUGAACCGAAGCCACGCCAGCUGCAGAGACUUGUACGAGUGCAGCUGCCCUGAGCUGGACCAGCUGGUGGACAUAUGUCUGCAGGCGGGUGCCGUGGGGUCGAGGUUAACCGGAGCUGGAUGGGGAGGUUGCACAGUUUCCAUGGUACCCAGGGAACGAAUAGAUUCCUUUCUCCAGACUGUGAGAGAACAUUAUUACGUGCCUGAUGCCCGUCGAUCCGCUCUGGAAAAGCAGAGUUUAUUCGUGACAAGGCCGGGAGGAGGGGCGGCAAUUUUCAUAGAGGAAUGAAUAGUAGCGGGGCAAUUUUCUCUCGUUUUAGCAACACAAACGAGCCCGUGGCCUCAGAAGCAGGAGGUGGUAUGUAUAAUGGCAGAUAUGAUGAAAGGGAAACAGACUGUAUAAAGUCUGAAUGGGCAUUUUUACUCUGUAUGUCUUAAAAGAAUGAAGAAAUCAGCACUCUGAUCAUUUUAUACCCAAUUUAAGGUUGUCAGGGCAUUAGAGAAAGUGCCAAGAAUUCCUACUUUGAGGUACUUUCUGAAAGCGUUGAAGGUCAAUAUUCAACUUAAUGUGAUUCUACUUUUUAUAAUUAAUAAUAAACAUGUCGUUAGUGCUUUUUACUAUGGUAAUCAUCACUAUUACUAUUGCUCAUACUUGUCUUUAGGGAUUCAAUCUACCUUGGAAGUAUUACAAGUAAACUGAAGUAUUGCUCUUAAGUUGCGGUCACAUUUUCCGUUGUUUGGUGAAUUUUCGUGGGCUAAAUCCAGUCAUUUCAAUCUACGCAAGCAGGAAUUUCAUGUGAGGCCACAAGAUUUCCCCAUGCAGAUUUUGCAAAGGGUAAAAAAAGUGCUAUAUGAAACAUGAAUGCAAACAUUCCUUUUUUAAAAUAAAUUAAACAA